UUUCUCUCUCUCUCUCUCUCUCUCUCUCUCUCUCUCUCUUCGAGGUCUCCGCACUCUCUCACUAAAAAUUCCUUUUUGCAAAUUGUUUAUUUCAGCUAACCUUUUCGUUUGCAGACUAUUCAAAACCCUAACCCUAAUUCGACACUCGCACAAUCUCGCUGAAGAAUAUGGGCGAAACCAGGGACAACGAUGUCUACGACGAAGAGCUCGUUGACUACGAAGAAGAAGACGAGAAGGCCCCCGACUCCGUCGGCGCUAAAGUCAACGGGGAAGCCCCUAAGAAGGGAUAUGUUGGAAUACACAGUUCCGGGUUCCGAGACUUCCUUUUGAAGCCAGAGCUUCUUCGAGCUAUUGUUGACUCGGGGUUUGAGCAUCCCUCUGAAGUGCAACAUGAAUGCAUCCCUCAAGCAAUUCUGGGAAUGGAUGUUAUAUGUCAAGCUAAAUCUGGAAUGGGAAAAACUGCUGUUUUUGUUCUGUCAUCCCUCCAGCAAAUAGACCCUGUGGCAGGACAAGUUUCUGCUCUUGUUCUGUGUCAUACAAGGGAGUUGGCUUACCAGAUCUGUCACGAGUUCGAGAGGUUCAGUACAUACUUGCCUGAUCUCAAGGUUGCUGUCUUUUACGGUGGUGUCAAUAUCAAACUCCACAAAGAUUUACUGAAAAACGAAUGUCCCCAUAUUGUUGUUGGCACUCCCGGGAGAAUCCUAGCACUGGCCAGAGAUAAGGAUCUUUCAUUGAAGAAUGUGAGGCAUUUCAUUCUGGAUGAAUGUGAUAAGAUGCUUGAAUCACUUGACAUGAGGAGGGAUGUGCAGGAAAUUUUCAAGAUGACACCUCAUGAUAAGCAAGUCAUGAUGUUUUCUGCAACACUAAGCAAAGAAAUCCGACCGGUUUGCAAGAAAUUUAUGCAAGAUCCUAUGGAAAUCUAUGUUGAUGACGAGGCCAAGUUGACUCUGCAUGGGCUUGUACAGCACUACAUCAAGUUGAGUGAGUCAGAGAAAAACCGCAAGUUGAAUGAUCUUCUUGAUGCAUUGGACUUCAAUCAAGUUGUUAUUUUUGUUAAAAGUGUGAGCAGAGCAGCCGAGCUGAACAAAUUGCUUGCUGAGUGUAAUUUUCCCUCUAUAUGCAUUCAUUCUGGCAUGUCCCAGGAAGAAAGGUUGAAGCGCUAUAAAGGUUUCAAGGAGGGGCAGAAUAGGAUUCUCGUUGCUACAGAUUUGGUCGGCAGAGGAAUUGACAUUGAACGUGUUAACAUUGUCAUCAACUACGACAUGCCAGAUUCAGCUGACACUUACCUUCACAGGGUCGGUAGAGCUGGUAGGUUUGGUACCAAAGGGCUUGCCAUCACAUUUGUUUCUUCUGCUGCUGAUUCUGAUGUGCUCAACGAUGUUCAGGAGAGGUUUGAGGUGGAUAUAAAGGAGCUUCCUGAGCAGAUUGACACUUCUACAUACAUGCCAUCGUAAAAGGUCAUGUAGGCGAUGCAUCGCCAUGGAAAGCUUCGUUUGCCCAGAUGAUGCUUGAGCAGCGCAUCCCCGUCUGUUACAAACUAAUGCUGGACAAGUUGUUGGCUUCAAGAGGGCAGAUGCUCUACUAUUUGGUGUACAAUUUGAAGUAAUCUAGUUUUUGGUUUCACAAUCCUCCGUUAGGGCUUUGACAUAUAUAACUUUUGAAAUUGUGUUCUAGAUUUGCUGUAUUAUGUAUUUUGAUUAUAUUUGCUUUGCGUUUAAACGAAUUAUUUACUAAGUUUUAUAUAUUAGCCGUUGUGUUCUAGUUUGUAGGACAAACGUGAGUAUUUUUAUAACCCUCGGGUCUCGGCUUUGAGGGGAUUUUUUUUUUGGUCGGUAAAACAAUUGGAUUCUUUAACUUGCUGAUUUGGUUUAAUUUUAUAUAUACAGUAAAUUGUAUUCCUUUUUCAGGCAA